CCAAAGUAAUACCGCGGUACCGCAUCCCGAUCAGCCAUGUAGAUUUCCCUGUCUUGGCUAAACCAUCUCCAGUAUCUCAAGCCAUGGAGCCCCAUGUAGUACCCGAGCCGAGUAGGAAACAUGGACUUUUCAAUGAACGGUGAUCAGCGUUUGCUAGUAUAUCAUGAAACAAGAAACAAAGGCUUUACAGAAUGACACAAGGGAGUUUGGAGCCGCAUGAUUUCGAUCCGUUCCAAGAAUCCUCAAACAAAUCAAAAGAUAAGAAGAAAAAGAAGAAACUGCAAGAAGGAGCGGAAAACUCGAAAAAGAAAGAUAGCAGUAAAGCUAAGGAUAAACAAAAGCAAGAUGAAACCAUUAAGGAACAGGACGAGAAACGCAAAGUGAAUAAAAAGAAUACUGAGAAAAAAAGGAAAAGUAAGGGAGGUAGCAAGUCGGCAACAUCUGAACUGAACCUGGAAGAUGACUCUUCAAGUCGCAUCGCUGUCAAAGAAGAGCCUGAAGAUGAUGAUUUCAAACCAGCGCAAAAACACGGGAAAAAGAGGGAGAGGCAAGAAGACACAGAAGAGGCAGACGUCAUUAAAUCAAAGAAAAAGAAAAUAAAAACGGAAGGCAAGGAAGGAAGCCAGACCAAAGAAGAAAACAAAAAACCGAAGAAAGAGAAAAAGAUAAAGAAAGAGGAGAGUGACUGUAAAGAAGAGGAAGGCAAACCAAGAAAGAAAACGAAAGAAGAGAAGGAGGCUGCAGCUCUUCUCAAAAUAAAGAAGAAAGAGGAGGAGGAACAAAUGCGUUGGCGAUGGUGGGAGGAAGAGAAGUAUGAAGACGGCAUAAAGUGGAAGUUUCUGGAACAUAAAGGCCCCGUGUUUGCGCCACCCCAUGAUCCUUUGCCAUCCGAUGUGAAGUUCUAUUAUGCCGGAAAACCCUUUCCGUUAAGUUUGCCAGCGGAAGAAGUGGCCAGUUUCUUCGCCAAGAUGCUGGAUCAUGAAUACACAACCAAGGAUAUUUUCCGCAACAACUUUUUUGGUGACUGGAGGAAGGAAAUGACGCUAGAAGAGCGGACAGCGAUCGCCGACAUGGAGAAAUGUGACUUCGGUGAAAUGUUCACCUAUUACAAAGGAAAAAUGGAGGAAAAGAAGAACCGGACUAAGGAAGAGAAACUGGUGAUCAAAGAAGAAAACGAAAAACUUCUCCAGGAAUUUGGUUUCUGUACCAUGGAUCAUCACCGGGAGAGGAUCGGCAACUUCAAGAUUGAGCCUCCUGGUUUAUUCCGUGGGCGAGGGGACCAUCCCAAGCAGGGAAAGCUGAAAAAGAGGAUCCUACCUGAAGACGUAAUCAUCAAUUGUAGCAAGGACUCAAAAAUCCCAGUUCCUCCAAGCGGUCAUAAGUGGAAGGAAGUCCGCCACGAUCCCACGGUUACCUGGCUGGCAUCGUGGACGGAGAACGUGCAAGGAUCUGUGAAAUAUAUCAUGCUGAACGCCAACUCCAAGCUGAAGGGGGAGAAAGACUGGGAAAAAUAUGAAAUUGCCAGGAAACUGAAAAGUCACGUUAAUAAAAUCAGGAGUACGUACCGUGAAAACUUCAAGUCUAAAGAGAUGAAAGUGCGGCAGCGAGCCGUAGCCCUGUACUUCAUUGACAAGCUAGCUCUGAGAGCAGGUAACGAAAAGGAAGAAGGGGAAUCCGCCGACACCGUGGGUUGCUGUUCCUUGAGGGUCGAGCACAUUAAACUUUACCCGGAACUCGAUGGAGAGAAGUACGUGGUCGAGUUUGAUUUCCUGGGUAAAGAUUCCAUCCGAUACUACAACAAAGUGCCGGUGGAAAAGCAGGUAUUUAAAAAUCUCCAGAUGUUUAUGGAGAACAAGCAGGAAGGAGACGAUCUCUUUGACAGACUAAACACGCCUAUGCUGAAUAAACAUCUUCAGUCUCUGAUGGAAGGUCUGACGGCCAAGGUUUUCAGGACCUAUAACGCCUCCGUUACCCUACAGCAGCAGCUACAGGAACUCACAGACCCCGAUGAAAGUAUCCCAGCAAAGAUCCUGUCUUAUAACAGAGCCAACAGAGCGGUUGCAGUUCUGUGCAACCAUCAGCGGGCGCCACCAAAGACCUUUGAACAAUCCAUGGCCAACAUGAGGACCAAGAUUGAUGCCAGGAAGGAACAGAUUUUACUGGCAAAGAAAGAGCUGAAAGAAGCCAAAAAAGAGGCAAAGGAGAAAGACUCUGAAAAGCUGAGAAAGCUAGUGGAAAGCAAGAAGAAAGCGCUGCAGAGAGCAGAGGAGCAGCUCAUGAAACUGGAGGUGCAGGCAACUGAUCGAGAGGAGAACAAGCAGAUUGCCUUGAGCACCUCCAAGCUGAACUAUCUGGACCCCAGAAUCACCGUGGCCUGGUGCAAGAAAUGGAAUGUUGGGCUGGAAAAGAUCUACAACAAGACGUACAAAGACAAAUUUGCCUGGGCUGUUGACAUGACAGAAAGUGACUUUAUCUUCUGACCUUGCCCCUGUUUGUAUUUAUUUUAAGAACAAAUUGGUUAACUCGUGUAGUGUAACUGCACUAUGCGGAUAAAAAAAAUGUUGCACUUAUUUUAACACUGUUUUAUGUUUUUAAUAACCCAAAAUA